GGCGAUGCGCGACAGUGAAGUGCGCAAAGACAACCGUCGCAAACUGGUCCAAGAGGUUGCGCGAGGGGCGUGGAAAAAAAAAAAAGGUUGGUGCACAAGGGAAUGACAAGAAGGAAGUUUGGUGGAAAAGCGACACAGAAGUCGAAGUCAGAGUCAAGAAGGCGUGAUGUUGACGCAAGGCAGCUGCGGUUACAAAUCCGGGGGGAAGGUGCGACAACCAAUCUUUGCGAGAGUUCGGGUUACCACGGAAAGUGCUGGUACCUUCUGCCGUCCAGCAAGAGCAAGUCUGCCGGAAGGAUAAAUGGGCGGUUGAGAAAAGGAUGGGAUGGAGAAAGAACGUCGCGCAAAGGACGAGAGAUUAUUGGGGAUGAAAAGGGGAGAUGCAAGGUGCUGCGUAGAGGACAACACGACAGCCGAUGCGCCGGGCCCCAAGCCCUGCCCGGCGAUAGUUUCUUUUCUUAUUGGAGAGUUAAAACAUUGAUCUACAAUCGUCCUUCCCGACUGCCACCAAUCGACACGGCGUACACUUUGCACGCGUUAUCUAGCCGCCCUCCUCGAGACACGGACUACUAUUGUAGGGAAUCUCCUAAUCAUGACUUUGCGUUGCAAGUUUCUCAAAUCUCUGUUGUUUAGAUGCAAUCAUCGGGAGCAUGCCAAACAGCGCUAGCGUUCCUCGA